AUGGCAUUACCUUGGAGUUCUGAUAUUUCAUUCAAAUAUUUUAGAUGGGAAAUACAAGGCCACGUUGAUCGGGAGGUUUGGAAGCAGGCUGGUGAUGCCGGUAUGCUGUGCAAGAAUAUUCCUGCGGAAGCCGGUGGCCACGGGGCAGAUUUUUUUUCGGCAGUUCUUUUGUGGGAAGAACAAAUGUAUUGCAAUGCUAUAGGUAGUAGCUUCCCAUUGCAUAGCGAUAUUGUGGCCCCAUACAUCGCACAUCUAGGUACUAAGGAACAGAAAGAGAGAAUAAUACCAAAGAUGAAAUCGGGUGAGAUGAUUGGAAGUAUAGCGAUGACUGAACCAUCAGCUGGCAGUGAUCUACAGGGCAUUAAGACGGUCGCAAAACCAGAUGGGGAUGACUGGAUUCUGAAUGGCAGUAAGGUGUUCAUCUCUAACGGAUACCUUUCGGAUGUAUGCAUUGUGGUUGCGGUGACUAAUACUGAAGUAAAGAAAAUUGCCUAUGGCAUUAGUCUAUUUAUAGUUGAAAGAGGAAUGAAAGGUUUUACAAGAGGACGUCCUGAAAACAAGCUUGGACAAAAGACAAUCGAUAUAUGCCAAUUGUAUUUUGACGAUGUUCGAUUGCCUAAAGAUGCUGUUUUAGGUGAAAUCAACAAAGGAUUUUAUUACCUUAUGGAGCAGCUACCGAGGGAGCGAUUGUUAGUCGGUGGUAUUGGGCAAGCGCAUUCCGAAUUCAUGUUCGAAAAGACCAGAUCAUUCGUUAAUGACGGACAUGCAUCUGGACAACCUUUGUCAAAUUCACAGGUAGUACAACAUAAACUUGCUGAAUUGAAAACAGAUAUUUGCUUCGGGAGAUCGUUUGCUGAUCAGUGCUUUCGCUUGUAUAACGAAGGCAGGCUUAAUUCAUCAAUGUCAUCGAUGGUGAAAUAUUGGUGCACUGACUUGGCCAACAGGGUGGCAAGUGAAUGUAUCCAGCUCCAUGGUGAAACUGGUUGCAUGUGGGAGAAUGACGUUUCACGUGCGUUUAUUGAUAGCCGCGUCCAAUCUAUUUAUGGAGGAAGCAAUGAAAUCAUGAAGGAACUUAUCGCCAGAGAUAUCAUAUCAUAGGCAAUUAAAACAUUGAUUAGUCAGAUGAACUGACGUGUCUAGUGGGUGCACAGGGAAGCACGCCCUUCCAAAACAAAAAAGAUCCAUUCCGUCGCCCCACCACCAAAUAUUUGUUUAUAUAAUUACCGAUAUUGUUUUUAAGCUUGUUAUUGUAUCGUGAGUGGAUUUCCCGUACAAUUAAAAAUCGUAACGGUACUGGGUUUGGUCUACAGGAGCUCGUGCUUCGAACAGGUUACUCCAUUCAUAGAAGAAGCCUUUUGAUGG